AUGAAGCUGCGAGGAUCCGGAUUGCAGCAACUGCGCAAAGUAUUCUCACCCGCGCGUCCACGAGGACUCCUUGCAUCUGCCACCGCGUCGAGGACCCAUGUGGCAUCUCAUCCGCAAAGAACAUAUGCAACCGUAUCCGCGGCAGAUCUUCAAUUUGGCCAGCCCGUCUAUGAGACACAUCCGCAUUUGUUAAAGCCAGGAGAGAUUACUGCUGGUAUCACAGCCCAAGAAUAUGCAGACCGUCGAUCGAGGCUUGCUGCGAGCCUACCCGCCAAUGGCAUAGCAAUUCUAGCAUCUUCCGAUACAAAGUAUAGAUCAGGAGCCGUCUUCUAUGAAUUUCACCAGGAACCAAACUUUCUAUACCUAACUGGAUUCAACGAGCCAGACGCGGUAGCAGUGAUUCAAAGAGUCGGACCAUCAUCAGAAUAUAUUUUCCACCUCUUCCUACGGCCCAAAGAUCCAAAAGCAGAGCAGUGGGAAGGAGCGAGAUCCGGUGAACAAGCGGCACUGGACGUGUUCAACGCAGAUGAGUCUGGAGACAUCAACCGUUUGCACGCCCUCCUCCCACCACUAAUAUCAGGGGCAAGUGAGGUCUACACCGAUGUGACAAAGCACUCUGGCUUUGGACGUUUCCUUCGGAAACAGGAUGCACUACCGACUGACUUCCAGAUAAUGAUCAAGGACAGCAAAGUCAAGUCGCUAAAGCCAUUAAUGCACGAGCUAAGGGUCAUCAAGAGUGAAGCCGAAAUUGCCAAUCUGAGAUUGGCUGGUAAAUAUUCAGGGAGGGCGAUCACCAAUGCAAUGCGCCACCGAUGGACGAGGGAAAAAGACUUGGGGGCCUUCCUGGACUACGACUUCAAGGGCAACGGCUGUGAUACCACUGCAUACAUACCGGUCAUUGCCGGAGGCCGAAAUGCCUUGGCAAUUCAUUAUGUCCGGAAUGAUAACGUCCUCCACGAUGGCCAAAUUGUCUUAGUGGACGCUGGUGGAGAGUAUGGAGGUUAUAUCGCAGAUAUCACGAGGUCCUGGCCGAUCAAUGGAAGGUUCUCGGAUGCCCAGAAGGAUCUCUACGAAGCCAUACUUCGAGUUCAAAGGAGCAGCGUGUCACUGUGCCGGGAAAGUGCCAACAUGACUUUGGAUAAGAUACAUGAAGUCACUGAGCAUGGCUUGAAAGAAGCCCUCAAACAGCUAGGAUUUGACAUGAAAGGCGAUGCAAUGUAUACCCUCUUUCCGCACCAUGUUGGCCACUACAUUGGGCUAGAUGUGCAUGAUUGCCCGGGAUAUUCUCGAUCAGUCCCACUAAAGGCUGGCCACUGUGUUACAGUGGAGCCAGGCAUCUAUGUUCCAGACGAUGAGCGAUGGCCAGCACAUUUCCGGGGUAUGGGUAUACGCAUAGAAGACAGUGUUUGUGUCCAAGACGAUUCGCCCUUGGUUCUGACAACGGAAGCUGUGAAGGAGGUUGUGGACAUUGAAGCUUUGAGAAAUUGA